UAAGUAGCACUGACGAUGCGUGCCAAACAAAGAGCUGCGAAGACAAUGUUAUUAAAUUCAAUCAAAUUAAUUUUGUUAACAAAAGAACCAAGAAACUAUUAUUAUGGACAAAAUUCUUUUCUUGGAACUGGAAGGGAAGUGUUGCCAAUGCAGCGGAUAAUAGUAAAUUCAAUUGUUCUGUGACAUCCGACCGAAGUGAACUGGGAACUGCAGAUGCUGUAAUUUUUCAUUUCCUAGAUCUUUGGUUUUGGGAGGCAGUACCAGAAUUAAGAAGGCCGGAUCAGGUCUGGGUACUCUAUAACAUGGAGGCACCUCCUCACCUCCACUUUACAGGGUUACCAUGGAUACGAGCUUUUAACUGGACGAUGUCGUAUCGUACUGACGCUACUAUUCACAACCCAUACAGUGAGAUUAUCCCAUUGACACGUGAAGAGGAGGCACGUGCUACAGCAACAUACAAAAACAAGGAUUUUACUAUCAAUAAAACAAAGAUGGCCGUAGCAGUGAUUAGUGAUUGCGUGGAUGACGCGCAAAGAUAUCGCUACAUACGAGAGCUGGCCAAAUACGUGGAUAUCGAUUAUUUUGGAGCUUGUGGUAACUUAACCUGCCCUGUGUCCCCCGUCGCGGAAUGUAACUCCCAUAAGUAUAGAUUCCGUAUUGCUUUUGAAAAUGCUAAAUGCAAGGAUUAUGUUACGGAAAAGUUUUGGAACAGUUUGAAACAGGAAACUGUUCCAAUAGUGAAUUGGAUAUCAGACCAAAGUGUUUUCUUGCGGUCUUCGUACAUAAAUAUUCACGACUUUAAGAAUGCGAAGGAAUUAGGAAAGUAUCUAAAUAUGCUGAGGACUAACAAAAAACUUUAUAACCAGUAUUUUUCUUGGAAGACUAAAUUCAAGUUUAACACUAACAACAUGCACGGCUUUAAAUACUUAUGUGACGCCCUUCACACCCCACGCGAAGCUCAGACAAUCAUAGAUCCAAGGAAAUGGCUAAAAACGGACACCUGUCGUAUGUGGUCGAUCAAAGAAGUUGUACGCAGACACUUGGAUAGAUUCUUGUUUAAUUUGGGCUUGUAGUAUCCAGGUGCAAAGUGCGACCUUCAGACUUUCCCAUAUACCAACAUGAACAGAAUACAAUGUACCUCUGCUGUGUUGUACUCCGUAAGAUCCUAAGAAUACCUCAACUGUGUAACACUUCGGAACUCUUCAAUAUUCUUCGAUUAUGUUACUCUUCGGAACUUCUUAAGAAUAUCUCGGCGGUGUUACCCUUUUGAAAAUAUUCGCCCUGAAGAAAGGACUCAUCUACAGUUAAUAAGUGUAGAGUAAAAAAUCUCACGUAGGUUUUUUUUUACGAAAGAUUCAAAUGAAUGUGUGAAUGAUGAAUAUAUAUAUAUAUUUUUGCAUUUUUUAUGAUAUUUUUUUCUAUAAUAAAAUAUUUAUAUCGUAGUUAAGGAUCAUUUGAAAAGUCAUAAUUUUCUGAUGACUAACUUUUUUACCUCAUUGUAAAGGGGAGAAUACAUAGAUAUGAAAAAUAGAAAUAAAAUCAUAUGUGGGCGUGCUUGUUUAUGAGCUAUUGUUGAUCAAAGAUAAGUAUUUUCAUAAUUUGUAAUUUUACGUUAAUUCUAUUGUUUUGAACAUACUCACAACCAAUCAAAACAAUAUCUUGAAAAUGUAUUAUCAGAUAUGUAUGAAUAUUCUUUGAAUUGUCAAUGGAGAAAGGUUAUUCUUUCUUAAACUAAUCCGAAAAUUCUGGGUCAUUGUGCUUACUUUCUUUGUCUUGCACCAAUAUUUAUUUUUCAGCUUUUCGGGAAAAUAUUUGUAAGUGCUCCAGUUACACUUAAAUGUGAGAAUAAAAUCCAAAACCUGUGUAA